AUUCGUUUCCUUGGUCGUGACGAACCAACUUCAUGUUCCUCUUAAAACAUACUUAACAUAAAACAUCGAAAGUGUUAAAUAACCUCCAAAAAUACAAACGAACCAAUUUAAAAAUGAACCUCAAAAAGAUCAAGAUAAAAAGAAAUAUUAAAAAUCAAGCAAACUAAAACAAUAACCUUAAAAUGUAAACGAAUUAAAAUAAUUGUUGGAAGCAUAUCAUUCUAUAAGAGAAAAACAUAGUUCUAGAAGAGAGUACCUACAGUAGUAUUUUUGAUACAGUUAUUUGGGGCCAUUAUACAAAAAUACGGUUAUUUUUAGACGAAUAGCUAAGUAUAACUUUAGAUUGUUGAUGUUAUACCUUUUAUAUAUAGUUGUUAGAUGUUUGUGCUCAAUUAGAUGAAUAAGUGUCUAUAUAUGUUUAAACUUUUUGGGGCCACGAAAAAUGACAGUACGUCUUAACAAAUUCAUAUACCGUAAAUAUCUAUUUUUCCACUUCUGAACAUCUCAAAUUGGUCCUCAAAAGUAAAUUGAAUAAAAUAAGUUUGUAUUUAUAUAGAAUUCGAUGUUUUUCAAUGUCUAGUAUGUGUUUUAACGUGUUAUUUUAAACUUUCUGUAUUUCUUCGGAUCCGCGAAAAAAUAUUUUCCAAUCGGUUGGUUUGGUAUGGCAAGUUCGGUACCACAAGCCGGCAAACCAGUGAUAGCGACCAUAAGUACUGCAAACGGCCUACCAGAAGGAGAAAUGGAUGCAUUGUUAUUGGGAAGAACGAGGGAGCUUGUAGUCAGUUCCCCGAACGAGAGAAACUGGAGGGGAAUAUUUAUCGCCUUACUAGUCAUUGUCGCUGUAUUAGGCCUAAUUGUCUUCAGUAUAGUAUUAGUCUCACCUCCUGAAGAAGGACCUAGGACAAAGGGUAUCAAACCAUCACUUGAGGAUAUCUUCCUCAAGCUACCACCACCUGCCAAAUUCAAUGGAACUUGGAUAUCAGAUUCCGAAUUUAUUUACAAGGAUGAACAUGGAGGCGUUACACUUUUCGAUGCAGAUAACUUAACAGCGACUACUGUUAUGACGAAUAUGACGUUUAUACAGUAUGCUGUAGCUGAUUUCAAGAUUUCUAACAAUCUGAAAUACAUUCUUCUUAUUAGUGAAGUUAAAACAGUCUUCAAAUAUACAACUUUAGCCAAAUAUCAUAUCUACGAAAUUGCAACAAGAUUACGUAGGCCAUUAUCUCCAACGGAACUGGACGAAAAUGCGCCGUUCUUACAAUAUGCCACAUGGUCGCCAGACGGCACUGCGAUUGCCUUCAUUCAUAACAACGACAUUUAUUACAAACCUAAAGUAGAGAAAGAUUUAAUUUGUCGAAUAACUUAUACAGGUCAAUCCGAUAUUAUAUUCAAUGGUAUACCCGACUGGCUAUACGAAAAUUAUAUUUUAAAGACUUCACACGCUUUAUGGUUCUCAGCAGACGGUAUUUAUUUGUUGUAUGUUACGUUCAAUGAUACCAACGUCGGAGAAUAUAAAUAUCCCUGGUACGACACUCACGAAAAUCAACAAACUUUAUAUCCGAAGAUCAAGUCUUUUAGGUAUCCCAGGGUGGAAACGCAAAAUCCGGAGGUUUCCGUUUGGAUAGUGAAUCUAACAACUGUGAAAUAUUUGUUUCCCCUCGAGUUGAAACCGACCAACAGUGUAGAGAAUGACAGUUAUGUAACCAGCGUAAGUUUUCACGGAGAGAAUAAUGUGGGAAUCGUAUGGUUGAACAGAUCUCAGAAUAAAUACGUCAUUGUUACCUGUAGAUCACAAAAUAAUUACAAUUGUUCGAAUUUUCACAUUGAAAAAGAACAUAUUGGCUGGACAGAACCCAUAUUCCAUCCAGUUUUCAAUUCGAACGGUACUAAGGUCUUAGUUCGACUUCCAGUGAAAGAUGGCGAUAAUGGUCACUUCAUGCACGCUUGCGAAAUUUCAAAUAAUAGAGUUCGACCUCUCACACACGGAGCUUUCGAAAUAACGAGGAUAUUAGCUUGGGAUGAAGAAAAUUCAAAUAUAUAUGCUCUUGGAACUCUCGAAAACGCACCAGGAGUUCGUCACCUCCUUCGCAUAACGGAUCAAAAUUCUCCUCAAUGGUUCUGUUUAACUUGCAGCCCUGAAGUUGAUUUAAAUAGUACAUUCUCCGAACCGCAAAACGAAACAACUAUAAACAAUAGUUUGUGGCUAGAUUAUCCUUGCGAAUACAACAAUGUAAUAUUUAGUAAAAAUUACAAAUACUACAUCCAAGAAUGUCUAGGACCGGAAAUUCCAAUCGUACUUUUAGUUAAAACUUCCACAAAUUCGAGAAGAGUUAUCCUAGAUACUAGUUUCAAACUUAGGAAAAAAGUUCGAAAGUUAUCACCGCCUCAAAUAAAAACUUUUUCAGUUGAAAUUGAGUAUGGAUUUAAGGCUCAAGUUAGAUUAUAUUUACCUGGGAUACUAAGGGAAUACGAAGAUAUCACUUUUCCCAUAGUUUUACUAGUAGAUGCUGCACCUUCUUCCCAAACAGUCUCUUCCAAAUGGGAAAUAUCAUGGCCGUGGUUUUUAGCUAGUACUAGAAAUUAUAUAGUGGCUCAAAUAGAUGGUAGGGGAUCCGGUUACCAAGGAAUUAAAAUGAGAAGAGAAGUUCAACGUAGAAUAGGCCUCAUAGAAGUUCAAGAUCAACUAGCGGUACUGACGUACUUAAGAGAUACUUUCAAGUUUAUAGAUCAUGGUAAGAUAUGCAUAAUAGGAAAAGGUUAUGGUGGUUAUACUGCUGCUAUGAUGUUGUUGCAAGAUUUUCACCAAGUUAUCAAUUGCUCCGUUAGCGUAGCUCCUAUUACGAACUGGAGAUAUUUCAAUUCUUAUUAUGCUGAAAAAUAUUUGGGCUUCCCUUCGCGUCAUUUGCAAGAAUAUGAUAAUGCAGAUUUAACAAUGAAAGCUGCUAAUUUGAACGGUCGUAGAUUCUUACUAAUUCAUGGUACAGCAGAUACGGAAAUAACCUUACAACAUACUCUGAUGCUUGCCAAAGCUUUAAUAGAACAAAAUAUACUCUUCCAACAAUUGGAAUAUCCGGACGAAGGACACAAUUUUAGUAAAAAGGCUUUGCUUCAUAUGUAUAAAGAAAUAGAUUCAUUUUUCAAUGAUUCUUUUGGACCCGUUUACGAAGAAUGGAACGACGAAUCUUCCUUUUUCAUCUAAUUUAGUCUAAACUACCUAUACGUCAUUUUGAUGUCCGCCGAUUACGAAACAAAAUGACCAAUUCGGAGUGGACCUUUUAUACAUUUCUCGAAAUAUCCGGUGACGUCCAAAAUUUGGGAAUCUUUGGACCACGAACGAUAUCAGGAGUUUUAUUCCUUCUAACUUAUUUCAAUGUUAAUCAGAGGCUCAUCUAGAAGUUUCAGAUUUUUCCGUAUUUACCAGUAAAAUUUUCGAAAAAAAAUAUACAAUUUUUCAAACUUCAUAUAUUAGAGUGUUUUUAAUUUUAUAUACACGAAUGUUAUUAAGUCGAAUUAUAAAUUUUUAGUGAUGGAUUUUUUCUGCACUAUUCCCUCCACAAAUAUAUAUAUAUAUAUAGUUGUUCAUUUAUGUGAUAAAUGAACAUCUAUUAUCGUCCAUCAAAUAUUGUUUUUUUUUCGAAAAUUUUACACUUUUGAGUGUUCAGUAACUCUAAUUAUCUGUUGUCGUGAACAAGGAAUAUAUUUAAGAUAAAAGUUACGCCAAAUAUCUAGAAAAUUCCUAAAAUUAUAACUUUGUCAACUAUUGAAGUCAAAAUCUACUUCAUCAUUGUUUGGAUUUUUAUUCUCAAAAGCUGAUUCCGCAUUUCUUUAAAUUUCCAAAAAAAAAAGACGCAGGGAGGUAAUUACGAAAAAUUAUACUUAUUACUGAUCCUCAACUACGUGUUAUCAUCAUCCAGAAAGUGUUUUUCGAAUCUCCUAUAACAAAAAGAUUUUAUCCUUAUUAGUAAAACACGUUUUAAUGACUGUUACCUCAUUUUCUAUCUUUAAAAGUUGGAAUACCGCAGAUAUCGAUCGUGAGGAUUUAGAUUAAGCAACAAGAUCGAAGGUUUGGCUAAUUAUAGCCUUGUUUUUAAUAAUAAUGGAUAGACUAUAGAAAAGUUUCUGGUAUUUUCGUAGUAAACACCGAGAGAAUCUCAUAUUUCCCAUUGUUUUUUCAUAUUAGAACAAUCAACAAACAUACAACAAAAAAAAGAAA